CGGAGCGCGGCGCCCAGGCGCUUCCGCAAAGAUGGCGGCGGCUGCAGGCAGAACCGCUCGGCUGGCGGCCUGGGGCGGAAGGCUGCGGCGCGGGCUCGCGGCCGGCCGGCGAGCUGUGCCGAGUCCCGGCCCUGCGGCAGCGGCUGUGGCCGGCGUGGUGCUGGCAGGGGCAGGAGCGGCGUGGCAUCACGGCCGCGUGAGAGCAGCUGCGCGCGAGAGCAGCCUUAAGGUGUUGGCGCAGAAAAAUGACUUGGAGCCAAUGGAGAAACUUUCUCUGCGUAAACAGCGGUUCAUGCAGUUUUCAUCCCUGGAGCAUGAGGGGGAAUAUUACAUGACACCCCGGGACUUCCUCUUUUCAGUAAUGUUUGAGCAAGUGGAGCGUAAAACAUUAGUCAAGAAGCUGGCGAGAAAGGAUAUCGAGGAUGUGCUGUCAGGGAUCCAAAAGGCACACUGUGGAUCAACUUUUUUUAGAGACCUGGGUGAUAAAGGGGUAAUUUCAUAUACCGAGUACCUUUUCUUACUUACAAUCCUCACGAAACCUCACACUGGGUUCCAUGUCGCUUUUAAAAUGCUGGAUGCAGAUGGCAAUGAGAUGAUUGAAAAAAAGGAGUUUGUCAAGCUGCAGAAGAUCAUAAGUAAGCAAGAUGACUUCAAGACAGUGAAGAUUAGUGAGACCGAAUCCCAGGACCCAGCAGUAAAAGAGCCUGGAAUUAACACAACCCUUCAAGUGCGGUUCUUUGGGAAAAAAGGAGAAAAAAAACUUCAUUACAAAGAAUUUCGAAGAUUUAUGGAAAAUUUACAAACAGAAGUUCAAGAAAUGGAAUUCCUUCAGUUUUCUAAGGGUCUGAAUUUCAUGAGAAAGGAAGACUUUGCAGAGUGGCUCCUUUUCUUUACUAACACCGAGAAUAAAGACAUCUACUGGAAAAACGUGAGAGAAAAGUUGUCAGUAGGAGAGAGCAUUAGUUUGGAUGAGUUCAAGUCAUUUUGCCAUUUCACAACGCAUUUGGAAGACUUUGCUAUUGCCAUGCAAAUGUUUAGCUUAGCUCAUCGACCCGUGAGACUGGCUGAGUUUAAGAGAGCUGUGAAAGUAGCAACUGGACAGGAGCUCUCAAACAAUAUUUUGGACACUGUCUUCAAGAUCUUUGACUUGGACGGUGACGAAUGCCUCAGCCAUGGGGAAUUUCUUGGAGUAUUGAAAAACAGGAUGCAUCGAGGUUUAUGGGUGCCGCAGCAGCAGAGUGUGCAAGAGUACUGGAAAUGCGUGAAGAAGGAAAGCAUUAAGGGAGUCAAGGAAGCCUGGAAACAAGCUGGAAAGGGCCCUUUUUAAGGAAGACAUGUGUAGCCAUUGCAUUGCCUGUGGUGCCAGAAUUUGUGACAUUCUUUCAAAGAAUUAAGUUUUUCUCU